AUGUCGAACGCGAUUGAGGACGAAAAAGAGCAACAGCAACAGCAAAUCGAAUAUUCCGCCGAAGGUGUCGACUAUGACACUGUUGUGUCGUCUCUUGCCGCCCAAGAUCGAGUGCCUUGGUACAAGAAACCGAAUCUUCGACGGCUAUACCUUCUCUUCAUAGGCAGCGUGCUCUGCGUGGAGACCACUUCCGGAUAUGAUGCAUCAGUCACAAACGGUCUUCAAUCUGUACCUUUGUGGAAUACAUAUUUCCACAAUCCUACAGGCACGAUUUUGGGACUUAUCGGAUCAAUGUAUGCUUUGGGUGCUAUACUCUCAGUGCCUUUUGUUCCUUAUAUCGCCGAUCGAUUUGGUCGAAAGUUCACCACUCAAUUGGGCUGUCUGGUCAUCUGUAUCGGGGCUUCCCUCCAGACCGCUUCUCAAAAUCGAGGCAUGUUCAUGGCUUCAAGAGCCAUCAUUGGUAUUGGGAUCACGCCGGCCAUCGUUGGUGCAUCCAACUUGAUUAGUGAACUUGCCCAUCCUAAGGAACGAGCGAGGCUGGGUUCGCUGUUCAAUGCAUUCUUCUUCACUGGUUCUUCGCUCGCCGCCAUCAUCACAAUCGCAACCUUCCGCAUGAAAUCCCAUUGGGCUUGGCGGAUCCCGAGUGUCUUUCAGAUCCUCCCAGCCAUCGUCACAUUGACCUUCAUUCAGUUGAUUCCUGAGUCACCCCGAUGGCUGAUCUCAAAAAACCGAGACAGCGAUGCGCUAGCCAUCCUCGUCAAAUACCAUGCAGAAGGUGACGAGCACUCUGAAUUUGCCCGAGCGGAGUUUUCACAGAUCAAGCAGACCCUUGCUUUGGAGAAAGAGCUCGCUAAGCAAAGCUGGGGGGCCCUUAUUGCUACACGGGGUAAUCGACGUCGUGCUCUGAUCGCCGCUUUCCUCGGUCUGGCGACUCAGUGGUCUGGAAAUGGCUUGAUCAGUUACUACCUUUCUCCAAUCUUGGUCAACGUGGGUAUCACCGAUUCUCUUACCAAGCAAGCCAUCAAUCUGUCAAUCACGCUGUGGGGCGCCAUAACGGCUUUCACGAUCGCCUUCUUCUCUACCAGGUUCCCCCGACGAAAGGUGUAUCUCACCUGCACCUUAUCAAUCCUGACCGUCUUCGUCAUCUGGACAGCUGCUUCGGCGCGUUAUUCGGCGACGGGGAGCAAAUCGUGGUCUGGCCUGGUCAUCGCACUUAUCUUCAUCUAUCAACCUUGCUACAAUAUGGCUUUCAACGCUUUAUCUUACGCCUACCUACCCGAGCUCUUUCCUUAUCAGAUCAGAACUCGAGGUGCUUCCGUCUUCCAGUGGUUCUCUCGAGCCGCCCUUUUCCUCAACACUUUCGUCAACCCCAUUGGAAUGAAGAAUGCUGGGUGGAAGUACCUGUGUUCAUACUGCGUUUUCAUCGCAUUUGAAAUUGUAUUCAUCUUCUUCCUGUUCCCUGAGACUUAUGGGAAGACAAUUGAAGAGUUGGCAUUUUUAUACGAAGAUGACACACACCACGAACAAGCCAGACGGGUCCAAAAUCAUAAGGAUGAUGCGGAACGGGUCUUGGAGGAGGAACACGUAUAA